GCAUUAUCGGUUGUAGUUUUACAGAAGGAGGGGGCAUAUUGCGGCAAAGAGGGUUGGUUCCGCGGCAUGCGAAAAGAAAGGGCACCGAGUACGAUGCAUAUUGGGAGGUUUUACUGGAUCAACAGGAUUUGAAGGACAGGGUAGAAGCAUGUGGCUGCGGCUCAGCAGAUGGGCUUUUCCGGAGAGUUAUUUGCCCCGAGGCCGGUUCUGGAUGCAUGGUUGCAUAGGUGGUGAGUUGUUUGCUUUUGUUGGUUCGCUUGGGAGGUUGGUCGACCUUUUUUCGUUGCCGUACAUUCGAUUUUCCGCCCUUGUCUUACGCCGUCAUCUUCGGUUAGAUCUUCGUUUUUCUUUUCUUUUUACAUCUAUCCGCAUAGCAUUUUGUGGGGUUGGUACGGAAUUUGAGCUGAAACUGGGUGUAGAUGGCUUGGAAGGAGGCACACAUGGCUUUUCCACAAUGCAUCGGUUAGUUUUUGUUAGGACUAGGGUUUACAAUAUCCUUGCGGUGUUCAUGGUACGAGCGGGCCAAUUACGAAAGAAUCGAUUUCAGGACCAUUUGUCCAGGACUGCUCCACUUCCACGCAUGCUACUCGUACUGGACGCCUGAGAUGGCGGGCCUUGCAUGUCAGAUAUUAUGUACUCACGCCAGGAAAAGCGCUAGAACCUCGCAGUUUGAAAGGCUGCUUAUUC